CAUCGUGAGAGUCGUCAUCAUCUGUGGAGUCCCAGCUCCAUCUGUUCCCCGCAGUUCUUCUGCAUCAUGAUUCGAUCCUCGGAAUUCAGAACGGAGACAGAGAUUAUUUAAACAGUUCGACAACGUCGCGCAGUGCUGUGCACUCGGACUACCUGUCGAGACAUUGCCACAACACUUCAGGAUGAACGGAAAUCAUUCAGCCAUCAGUCGACUCUUCGACACGACUCCCCGAAUCGAAGACUUCAAAGAGAUAUGCAGCCAGACCACCGACAAAGCCUCUUACCCUUUAUCCUCAAGCGUUGAGAAGAACAUCCCCAUCUACGAUGUAACCACUCUUGACCACCUCAACGGGGAACUCACCACCAAUCUCCAAAACGAAUGGCACCACGCCCUCAACGCCGGCCCCGGCAUCGUCGUGCUUAAAGGCAUGUACCACCCAACCCGCCACGGCCCAACCCUAACAGCUACCACCGAGGCCUUCACCCGCAUCAUCGCCCAAGAGCGCCUGACCGCAACAAAGAAAGGCGACCACUUCGCCGCCGGCGGCAAAAACGACCGCAUCUGGAACUCCUUCAGCAAGCACGCCGUCCUCGACCCCGGCUCUUUUGUAGCCUACUACUCCAACCCCUGGCUGCGCCUCAUCGCCGAGUCCUGGCUCGGCCCAGCCUACCGCAUCACAGCCCAAGUCAACAUCGUCAACCCCGGCGGCGCCGCCCAGGAAUCCCACCGCGACUACCACCUCGGCUUCCAGGACGCCGCCGCCACCGCCCGCUUCCCGCGCACCCUGCACCUCGCCUCGCAGUAUCUCACGCUGCAGGGGGCCGUCGCGCACAGCGACAUGCCGGCGCGCACCGGGUACCUCGCGUGGCGGGGGGAGGAGUUCCGGGCGUAUUUCCGGGAGAACUACGUCGCGCUGCCGCUGGAGCUGGGGGACGGGGUGUUUUUCAACCCGGCGAUGGCUCCCGAGGAAGGGCGGCCGGGCGGGGGUUUCCAGCGUAAGGCGAACCUGUUGCAGAUUAGUUGUGCGUUUGGGAAGACGAUGGAGAGCAUUGAUACGGUGCCGAUUGUGGAGAGGUGUUGGCGGGAUAUGGUGCGGCGGGUUGAAGGAGGGGUGGGGGUGGACAGGGUGGUGGAGGAGUUGAAGCAGAUGAAGAGGGAUUCCAGUGCUUGAUCUGUUGCUGGUAGAUAACCUAGAAGUACUGUCAAUGGAACGACCUAUGAGGCAAUGGCCACUUGGAAGGGUUCUCGGGUCUGAGGGGAUGUACGUUUGAUCAUACAAGAGCAUAUUGGAAAUCUAGUAGUAGCAUGAUCAUCAGCC